GAAUGGCAUGGCACUUGACCUUUCCUGGUUUCACCCGCAGUAUUUAAACUGGUGCAAAGGGAACACACUGGCAAGUGUCUUCUGUUGACAUGACAGAUUCUCCUGGUAGUUCACACAAUGUUCAAAAGGCACAAGUCCCUUGCUUCAGAACGCAAGAGAGAAAUAUUUUCCCGAGGAGCUACACGGUCCAUCCUGAAGAAUGACUUGAGAAACUUCCACUGUUUGUCGCAUUUUGUGCUCUCAGCGGGCCCUCUAAAAUCAAUUCCAGUAGUUAAACAUUCAAAAACUACGCACUUUGAGAUUGAAGUACUUGAUGCUCAAACAAGAAAGCAGAUAUGUAUUGUGGAUAAGGUGAUACAAACAUCUACUAUUCAUGAUGUUAAACAAAAAUUCCACAAAGCAUGUCCGAAGUGGUACCCUUCUAGAGUUGGCCUGCAGCUAGAACGAGGUGGGCCCUUUUUGAAGGACUACAUAACCAUUCAAAGCAUUGCAACUUCCUCCAUUGUCACUCUCUAUUUUACAGACCUAGGUCAACAGGUCAGUUGGACUACAGUAUUUUUGGCUGAAUACACAGGACCUUUGCUGAUAUAUCUCCUCUUUUAUUUGAGGAUCCCAUACAUAUAUGACAUGAAAGAGAGCUCUAGAAGAUUGCGCCACCCAGUGGUACAUGUGGCUUGCUUCUGUCAUUGUAUACACUAUAUCCGCUAUCUUUUGGAAACCUUAUUUGUCCAUAAAGUUUCUGCAGGACAUACACCUUUGAAAAAUUUGAUAAAGGGCUGUGCCUUUUAUUGGGGAUUUACUUCUUGGAUUGCCUACUAUAUUAAUCACCCACAGUAUACACCACCAUCAUUUGGAAACCGGCAAGUCACAAUAUCUGCUAUCAAUUUUUUGAUUUGUGAAGCUGGAAAUCAUUUCAUCAAUGUAAUUUUGUCUCAUCCUAAUCACACAGGAGUUAAUGCCUGUUUUCCAAGUCCAAAUUAUAACCCCUUCACAUGGAUGUUUUUUCUGGUUUCAUGUCCUAACUACACCUAUGAGAUUGGAUCAUGGAUUAGUUUCACUGUCAUGACACAAACACUGCCAGUUGGGAUUUUUACACUUCUGAUGAGUAUCCAGAUGUCUUUGUGGGCACAAAAGAAGCAUAAGAUUUAUUUGAAGAAAUUCAAUUCUUACAUGCAUAGAAAAUCAGCCAUGAUACCAUUCAUACUGUAGUAAAAAUAACUUAUCUCAUGUAUAUAAAAAUAGUAUAUAAAUUCACUAAAUCAAACUUGGUCAAUAGUUGACUAUUAUGUAACAGAAAUUCAAAACAAACAGUACUUUUAUUGAAUAAAAAUAUUAAAUGGUAGAUUCUAGCUAACUUUAGAGUAAUAAACUUGAGGCAAAUAAAAAGUAGAAACUGUAGAUACGACUAAUAAAAGAUACAUCCAAAUAUUUUCAAGGGAUUGGUCUUUGAACAAGAUUUUCUUACUUCAUUAAAUGUUUCAUAAUACUAUCUGCUUAAGACAAUUAAAAUAUCUGAAUUAUAAACUAAAAAUUUGUGAUUUUAAAUCACCUGAAUUUUACACAUUUUGAUGGUAAUUUAUUAUUUUCUUUAUUGUUUAACAUGUUAUUGAAAAGUAUAAUAUGUCACAGUAGUAUUUCAAUUUCUAGUGAAAAUUCUACCAAUAUUAAAAGUGAAACAUAAUUUCUCAUGAAUCAUAUUUAUUUAUUCAUACAUACAAUGUAUGUUGUCAUUCUGAAACUAUAAUAAUUAAAAAUAUCUUCCAGACAUUAUUUACUAAAUCAUUUGAAUAUAUACUUUGUACCAAAAUAUAUAUUUAUAUUUACAUAUAAAUUAUAUUUAUAUGUAAAUAUAUAUUGAAUUAUGUAUACUUCAAAUGGACUAUAUGUGAUGACAAUACAUUGGAAAUUUUUUUAAAUUAAGAGUAGAAAUAUUUUUUGCUUUAUUUUUACAUAUUUAAAUUCCUAUGUCCUCUCAAACCUUGUUUGCAUAUAUGUAAGUAUGUAUGUGACUAUGCAUAUAUAUUUUGACAAAGAGAUGACUGAUGUUAUAAAAAUCAAGUACACAUUAGUUAAAAAUUUUAAAGA